ACUCACAGAUACACACAACCACUCCACCACGGCCGGCCACAUGCACAGGCAGCUCGAUACGGUUAUUGGGAAAGGACAACGCCUACGUGAUUAGUAAAUGACAUGGACAAUUGACCAUAAAUGGGAGUCAGAUGGCAGGCGUUUGGUUAAUCCGAUUUUAAAUGGGAGUCAGACGGCGGGCGUUUGGUCAAUCCGAUUUUUUGCUUCGCAGAAAGUCCAGGAAGUCACAGUUAGCUAUUACUCAGUGUCACAUGCUAUUUAUUUGAAAACUGAUAACUGAUAAAUGGAUUUACAGGUCAAGAUAAAAGUCGCAACUCUGAAGAACCUCCCUUACGAUGAGUGCUGAUGCCGAAGGAACUGACCCUGAAGAUGAAUUCUAUCUCGUCUUUGCUAAUUCUCGAAUAGCGUCCGAACAAAGCCUCAAUAGUAAUAGUGAAAUGUCAGAAUACGAGCGUGAGUUUCUUGCCCAUGUGACAUCAGAGGAGGCAACGCUGCCGAUUGCCGUACAGGAGACAAUGCAUGCGAUGCAGGCAUUGCACCAGGCCUAUGAUGCCAAGACAAUACAGGAUGCCAUGACAGAACUGGCUGAGCUUGCAGACAAUGAGGAUGCCCUUCAUUUGAUGGAGGAUCAAAGGGUCCAUGAAGAUAUUCUGGAGGGAAUGAAAUGUCUCUUGUCCUUCUUAAUUGACCAAAAGAUUCCAGGGGAGAAUAAAGAUGACAACUGUAAAUCAUUUUGGCUGCAGUCAUUUCAGGUUGGCUGUGCUCUGCUUUCCAAACUUGUACAGCUGAGUAAAAGACUCGGCAAGUCUGUUGUCAAAAGUGAAGCUCCAACGUUGAUCAUGAAGACAAUGUACUGUCAUCCCCAUGAAUUAGCAGUCCAGAUUACUGGCUUGGAGACUCUUGGAAACUUCGCCAGCUCAGAUCUUGGCGGCAAGGUGCUCCUUUCUCUUGACCAUGAUGUCCUUGGUCAUGUGAUUGUUACCAUGACAACCUAUCAGGAUAAUGCCGACAUCCAGAAAACAUGUUGCCAUACACUCGCACAGCUACUUUCUGCAGACGAUGUUGAGAAGAGCAAGUUGCUGAAAAAUAAAGAAUAUGAUCUCAUCAUCCAGGCAUUGAAGAAACACCUCAAGAAGUCUGAGGUUGUCAUAGAGGUGUGUCAUGUCAUUAGGUUGCUGUGUGUUACAGCUUCCGAUAAGAGUCCCUUCGUGAAUGAUGAACUACAUCAGCUGGUGGUCAAGUCGAUGAAAGUCAAUCACUUCUCAAGUGACACUAAACUUUGGGCAGCUGGAGCAGGGCUUCUCAGCACCUUGAGCACUGAAGAGAAAGUGCAGAGGUAUCUUGUUGGGGAAAACUUCCAUACGGACUGCCUGACGAUGACAAUCAAGUUUCUGAAUCAUCCGGCCGUCCAAGCAGCAUCAUUUGAACUGUUCAGUCGCCUAGCCGCACUCGUGUUCGAGGACACCUCGUACUGUGAAGAAUGGCAGUGGCUGAAGCAGGUGUUCCAGGCUUUAUCACAACACAGGGAGGACCCUGACGUACAGACGGCGGCUCUAGAUGUCCUGUGCAAGCUUCUUGAAUUCAAGCCACAUCUGCAGUGCCAAAUCGGGGACGCAUCAGAGGAUAAACAGGAACCUAUUCACACUCUGUGCCUUGGUGCCAUUCUCAUUCACGGAAAUAAGCAAACUGGUGUCUUUACUGCAGCUUGUUCUGCCAUCUAUUGGAUAGCUGCUGCAAACGAGCGUCUCCAGGGUCUCCUGAUGGAGAAGAAUACCCACCUAGGUAUCUACGAGUGCAUGCCGCACCAUAUGAACAACCCUCGGGCCCUGGAGGCAGCAUGCAAAGCUAUCCGCGGAUUCUGUAUAUUCAACCCCGAGACCAAAUCCGCUGUCUUCUCUGAUGACCGCUCAUUCAACCUUCUCGUGCAGGCAUUGACUGCUUUCUAUCAGAAGCAUCUUGACCUCCAGAUCGAAGCUAUCAGUGUCCUAGCCUGCCUUGCUGAUCUAGAAAUAGCUCGUCAUCUCUGUAUUGUUGCCAGGGUCCACCGUAAGAUUCUCAAGUCGAUGCUUCUCCAUGUUGACUCAGAGAUUUUGCAGGAAUGCGCACUUGAAGCACUAGCAAUUUUGGCAGCUGCAGAGGGAGCAGUUCAGCUGCUGAAUGAAGCCAGCACGAUGCACCAGACUCUGGAGACGAUGAAGAACUAUCCAAACAGCUACGGGAUCCAGAAGAAGGGCCUGGUCAUGAUGCAGUUGCUCAUCUCUGACCUGGAACCGGAGAAUCCAUCGUUCUACCGAGUGAUGGCCAACGUCAUCAAGCACGCAUUGAAUGCUCAUAAUGAUGAGAAUGGUGUUGGUGUGCAGAUUGAGGGUUGUGUUGCCAUGCAGCUGCUGGCUGAGAAAAGUGAUGAGGCUACUCAUGCACUCAUAGACACUCAGACCCACCAAUGUCUUUACAACAUAUUUGAGAGGUUCAACGACUUGCCAAGACGGAGCUUGUUUUUCAAUAGAGAGGCUUUCAUGUGUACUUGCACCGGCUGCUCAGGCCAAUGUUUCUACAUCCCACAACCUCCUAAUAACAGUGUGUACACAGGCCUUUAUGAUCUUGCCACGGAAUGUUUACAUGUGCUUGGCUGGGUGAGACAUCAGACUGAUCGUCUGCUCUUAUCCGCAUGCCAGAAAGGAUUGCUCAAGGUUGUUGCUUGCCUGGUUGAACUUGGUGCUGAUAUCAAUGUAGGAAGUGGUUAUAAUACUCCGCUUGGCUAUGCUUGCCAACAAGAAAAUGAGGAAUUAGUGCAAUACUUGCUUGAACAGGGUACUGUUAACGAUGUGGAAACGCCGCUGAAAUGGAGUUUGAGAAAUCAUACGGAUAACAUCACUGGGAUGCUGCUCCGGCAUAUGGGUUUCGAUAAGGAAGCUGGGAUUGUAUCAUGGAGUGGCCGUGACCUCGGGAAUAUCAGCCCAAAAUGGCUGUAUCCAACAUUACUCGGUUGGAGGUCUUCUGACAAGAAAAUGGAGAUUUCCCAUGGUCUUGUUGUCAAAGUGAAAAAGUCACAGAAGAAGCGUGAGCGACGCUUGUCGCAGGAGAAUGUUGAAGAGGAGCAGAAACUGGGGACGAGGAUGAAGCUCCGCUACCGGCCUGUGAAAGAGGGGGCGAAAAUCCAUCUGAAAGGUUUGGUUAUUCCACAACCACCGCCAAAUGCAUCUGUACCACUAGAGUCAAUCACCAGUGAGUCCCCACCGGCAAGCGCUGCUCUUCCCAAUCGCAAUUUAAAGCAUCGCCGAGGCUCCCUGUUUUCAUUUACCAAGAAAAGGUUCUCCAAAGAUGUUGGCGUCUCCUCUAAAUUUGAUGGCCUGAAUGUGGAGACGAUGGAGCCUGGUGGUAGAUUGAUGAAGAAACGCUUCUCGGACACUGCACUUUUUCAGAUGCAACGUGAUGAAGAUGAGUCUUGCUCAUAUGUGUACAUCCAGUGGCCAGAGGAGGUGCAAGAGUGGAGGCGGGAGAGCAUCACAGGGUGUAACGUGCCAUUUAGCCCAAAUGAUCCCAGGCAGAUUGCUCGAGACUCCAGACCUCAGUCUUCCAAGCUUCCACCAUCCACAGAAUGGAGUCGGAAGGCACAACAACAUCCUGUAUUCCGGAUUCGCGAUAAACGUAGUUCUGUGCCAGUUGUUGCAGUUGAAGUUGUUGAGACGGAGAGUGCGUCUGAUUCAGAAAGUAGUAAGAAUGCACCGGCCAAAGUUGAACAAAAAGAAGGGGAUGAGGACACAGCAGCUGCGGAGACGGACCUGGACACAUCACGGGAUGAGGAUGAAAUUCAUCAGUCAAUGUCUGAUGGACUUCGGGACAGGAGGAUGAGGCUGCAGCGAUCCAGGACUGACACAAUCGACUAUAUACCUGAGAAGACAACAGAGGUGAAAGUGUUGGAUCUGUCGUCCAAUAAUAUCACUGAUCUGUCUAUCCUGGUGAAGGAUUGUGGGAAUGAGUUCUACGUGAUGUUUAAAUACAUCGAGAAAUUAGACUUCAGCCACAAUAAAAUUCAGGAGUUUCCGGAACAGCUAUUCAAGUGUCUUCCACUACUUCAAGAUCUCGACUUGAAAAUGAACAACCUUCAGACAUUCCCCAUACAAACCUUGGCUUGUCGGAAGAUUCACAGUAUUGAUAUUUCUGGUAAUGAGAUUGUUGAUUUGAGCCCUGGCACCAUCAUGACCGUAUCACAGAGUAUGAGAGAGAUCAAGUUGUCCCACAACAGACUACACACAUAUCCUAUGUGGAUCAGUGAACACAUGCCAAACAUAACCAGGCUCGAACUUGGAGGGAAUAAGAUCGAGUCACUGCCAUCGGAGGUGCUGAAGUUAAAACAACUUGAGACACUCAGCCUGUCUCAUAACUACAUCAAGAGCAUACCGGAGUGUUUUCUUAAAGAAUGCUCACAACUAGAGACACUGCUACUCACUAAUAAUGAAAUAGCGAGUUUACCAAGUGAGAAACUGGCUGCUGAACACCUGCAACGGCUUCAUACAUUGAAGCUGUCCGCCAACAACCUUCGUACCAAAGAACCAUUCUACAUUCCAAAAUUCAUCCUUGCUCUUCCAUCCCUCAAGGUGUUAGAUCUAAGCAAUAAUGAUCUGAAUGGUCUGCCAGAGCCGACCAAUUGGAGUACUAAUGUCUUACGAGAACUAGUCAUCAAUAAUAACAACAUCAGUGUGCUCGACCUUGGACCCAAGGACAACAAGAAGUGGCUCCCGUUAGAACGACUCAAUAUCAGUAAAAAUAAACUGAAAGAGAUCCCCAAAUCAAUAGAGGGCCUACUGAAUCUGACCUCACUGGAUUUUAGUUACAAUGACCAGAUAUCCACGCUACCGGAUGAGUUAGGGAAGUUGUCCAAGGUUUGGGAAAUGCCCUUGAAGGGAUUAAAUCUUGACCUUGAUGAGGGAGUUCAAAGGGGCGAAGUGAAGCAUCUGAUUGGUUAUCUCCAUGAGAGGCUAAAGAAGGCAGAGGAGUACUUCCGCAUCAAAGUGAUGAUCGUAGGGUUUGGAGGACGAGGGAAAACCACGCUAUUGCGAUCACUCAUGAAGAACAAGCAGCCGGAGAGAAGUAUUGCCACGGUUGGAAUACUCGUCAAAGACUGGGUGAUGAAAACAGAGAGGAAGGGGCGAACUGUGCAGUAUAAAUUGAGUACGUGGGACUUUGCCGGGCAGGAAGAGUUCUAUAGCACACACCAGUGCUUCCUCUCCAACAGAUCGCUCUUCUUGGUUGUUUGCAACAUCACCAACGGCCCCAGCGAGCUUGACACCCUGAAACCAUGGCUGCUGAAUAUCAAGGCGAGAGCUCCUGGCUGCCCUGUCAUCAUCGUGGGCACUCAUAAGGACCUGUUGCCGGAAGAUGAGCGCGAUGAGAGGAUCAGUGAAAUGACGGACCUGAUACGGGAUCUUUGCAGCAAGCCUGGGUUUCCAAAAGUCAGUGAUUUCAAGUGUGUGAAUGGAAAGAGAGAUAACCGAGAAAUUGAAAAGCUAAGAACGACAAUUAAAUCAGUCAUCGAAGAGUUCAAGGUAAAAGGCCAGCCGGUCAUGGGACAGAAGGUACCCGCUAGUUACAUUAAAUUGGAAAGCAUCAUUGAGCAGGCACGAGGGAACCAAAAGGGUCGGUUCCCUGUCAUUGGGCGCCCUGAGUUAGAACGGAUGUCAUCAGAAUUGCAGCUUGACUCAGACGAGCUCCAGCAGGCAGUGCGAUUUCUCCACGAGUCCGGUGUCCUACUUCACUACGAUGAUGCAUCCCUCCAGCUUAGGAACCUCUAUUUCAUCGACCCUGAAUGGCUGUGUCGAAUGUUUGCUCAGGUGGUGACCGUCAGGGAAAUAAACCCCUUCAUUACUGACGGUCUGAUGAAGAAGAAUGACAUGUACCAGUUGUUCAAGGGACGACGAGUUGGUGAAGACGUCAGCUUCACGUUCCCUACCCAGUUAAUACCACAGUACCUACGCUUGUUGGAAAAGUUUGAAAUUGCCCUGCCAAUCAAUCAAGAGGAAUUGUUGAUACCCUGUCGUCUCCCACAAGAACGACCGGCGUUUGUCUUACCUAAAGGCUAUGGUAAAGAAAUCCCAGUGACUCAUCGGUACUACGAGAUGCAAUCCUGUAUUCCUAUUGGAUUCUGGUCGCGGCUUCUGACCCGCCUCCUGACCUUCACCGAUGAUAUGAUCCUCGAGAUGUCUGGUGAUUAUUCCAAUGUGUUUAGGACUUACUGGAGAGAAGGCAUUUUUGUUCACUGGUCAGAGCAAUCUUACUUCUUGAUAGAAACCCACCAUGAGCCCCUGGAGGUGAUAGAAGUCAGUGUGCCGGCAACUGGCUGUGGUGGAAGAAUCUUGGGCCACAUUGUUGACCACUUAGAUGCCCUGGUGGAGGAGUGGUACCCGGGCCUCACCGAGAAGGACCCCAUGGGGGAUGAGGCCAUGCAGAUUCGCAUCCCCUGCCCCUUAUGUCAUGAGGACCCCCACAUUUACUCGCUCGAUGAGCUGAUUGACCAAGCGAAGUUGAGUGAGAGUAUCUCCUGCCCUAACCAUGAUACUGAAGUAUCGCUCCAUCUAUUGGCGCCAGAUGUCAUGCUGACAGACCUGGAACCAAGGUUUCAUAUUGACCACUCCAAGUUCAAGUUCAUGCAGAGCCGCGAGUUCCUCCUUGGUGAUGGCAGCUUCGGUGCGGUGUAUCGCGCAGAGUAUAAACAUCAGUCUGUGGCGGUGAAAGUCUACAACUGUGUCGGUGACCUCAGUCCUCACAAGUUCAUGAGACAGGAGGUGACUAUCCUGCGACGACUGCAGCAUCCGAGCCUGAUUCAGAUGCUGGGAGCAGAGAUCAAACCAAUGGUGUUAGUGCUCGAGCUGGCUCCACUCGGUUCCCUGGGAGUCCUACUAAAGCAGGGCACGGCACCGAGCAGAGGACUUCAGCACCGAAUAGCUACACAGGUGGCAGAAGGCUUGUUGUAUCUACACCGCUACCGAAUCAUCUACCGAGACAUGAAGCCUGACAAUGUCCUCAUUUUCAACUUAUCUCUUGGUGUCCUUAUCAACGCCAAAAUAGCCGACUAUGGCAUCUCGAGAUUUGCCGCUCCGUAUGGCUUCUCAUCCAAAGAGGGCACUCCAGGCUUCCGUGCCCCCGAGGUAGCUCGAGGUGAAACGUACGAAUUCCAAGCUGACGUCUACUCAUUUGGCAUCACCCUGUACACGCUGGUUACUGGCGGGCACCACCCAUUCCAUGAUCUCACAUUCAGGAAUCAACUCGAUGAGGCAGUUACUCGGCCAGUUCAAGUUGACCCGAUAACAAACAAGAACUGCCCCCCAUGGCCAGACAUGGAAGACAUCAUAGACCACUGCCUGGUACAAGUGCCAGAACAAAGACUCAAUUCCCAGCAGUUGUUCGAUUCCAUAAAUUGUCCAGAAACGCUCAGUCUACAGCGGGUUUUGCCAGUGUCCGAGGGACAGUCUAUAGAGUGCAUUACAAUCAGGAGCCAUGGAAGGAAUGAAGCUGAAGCAUGGAUAGGUAGUGGAGAAUCCAAUGGUGCGCAGUUAUCUUGGUUCAGUCUCUCUAGUAGCAAUUCAAAAGUUGGGGGAAAUCAUAUAAAACACACUCGUAUCCUCUGCAUGACAGCCGUGUCCAAUUCAACGAUACUUGUCGGUACCCAAUCGGGGACGAUCCUCGUCUACGACACAUGGACACACUUACAUCGACACACCAUGACUCAGCACAGCAGCUCCGUCCUCUGCUUGCUACAUUACUCUGGGGCUGAGAGUGGUGUGGAUAUUGUGCUGGCUGGUCUCUCAAAUGGUAUGCUCACUAUCUAUGACACAAGCAUGCUGCAAAUGAAUCCUAACUGUGAUUGUGAGGUGCUGCGGCUUGGUGCUGACACAGAUCCAAUCAAAUGCAUGGCAGUCCGCCACGGAAAGUUGUAUGUUUCCUGUGGGAAUACUAUCUUUGUGCUCAAUAUGGAAUCACUGCCCCUGGUAGUGGAGUACAGCUGGUUUACAGAGGAGGACAGCAUUUCCUAUUCAACAGCCAUCUCGAAUAUGGUGAUAGGCAAAGAUCUCUACAUAUCCAAGAGGAAUGCAUCGAUUAUUGAAAUGUGGAACAUAGACAGGAAGAAACUCAAUGGAAAGAUAGAUGUCACUGAAGCAGUCAUGGAUCUUAUCAAAAAAGAAGAGGAACGUGAGAAAGAGAAAAGGAAAUCUUUCUAUAAUUGGACCCAGUCGGAUGCCGAUCUCACAGAGGAACGUCGAAUCAAUGCUUGCAAAAUCACCUCACUGAUGCUCCAGAAUCGCAACACGCUCUGGGUAGGAACGCGAGGCGGCUUCAUUGUCCUUGUGGAUCCUAUCUCCUCUAGCAUUUUACACGUAACCCACCGCCAUGAACGAGCUGUGCGUGCCAUAGUUUGUGUUAAACCUACGAGCAGCAGACGGCCGAAGAAAAAGUCUUCACCUAUCGAUGAACCCGUUAGCCAGACGUACCUAGCCACAGACUCGCCAGAAUCACGAUACCAGGAUUCACUGUCUCUUGUGCUGACUGGUGGCGGGGGAUACAGGAACAAGUGCAGCAUGAAACAGAAGAGGAGUGACGACUAUGGCUUCAUAACCGUGUGGGAUACAAACCUCAAACACAAUCUCAAGGCCAUUAAGGAACUCACAGAGAAGAGGAAGGAACUUGUCAACAAAUACUCGCUAUGAAGCUAUACUUUUGCGAAGGAUUGUGCCCUACAUAUUAUGUCAGUUUUUAAACAGAAUUGUUUUGAGAUUUUAUUUAUUCCUGACCCUCUUGGGUCAUGUGAUCAGAUCACAAAGUGCAAUAUAAAUGUUGGACUAGUCACUUUUAUUAAGGGAGUGGCAAUCUGGCUUUGAACACCUAGUGGUCACAGCCAGUAGCUAAUUAUUUCCAUGCAUUAUCUUGUCACUUGUUAGGUAUGGAUGUUUACCACAGCAAUCAAUAGGGUUUUAUCUCCCUGGAGAAUCAAUUCUCCCAAAUUACGGAGCAUCUUAUCAGACCUUCCAGUUUGCCGAGCUUGCCUGUCCUGGGAAAGGAAAGUUUAUUUAAUAAAGUUAGAAAAACUACAUUGUUGGGUCUUUCAAUGAAAUAUUGUUGUGUUUAUCUGGUGAAAAGGUUCUUCAAACAUGAUUUGCAUCAAAAAAAGAGAAAAAUGCACUGCUGGUUCGUCCUAUGGAAAGCAAACAAAUUGUAAAAUAUGCAUGGAUGGAUUUUGUGUGUCGAGCACAGAGUAACCUGCUGAUUAAUUUACCUAGAAAUUUAGUGCAUGUGAUGACAUAUUGUCCAUUUAACCAGAUGGACACAGUUUAUUUUAUAAAAUUUACCAACGAUCGCACAUUUUGGAUGUUUUUCUUACGAGGCAGCCAUUCUCCCAGGCCUCGAGGAGCACUAUCCUGGGCAGUCUGCUCAGUAAGUUGGAACGCCUGAUAAGAUCCUCGGCAAUCUGGGGAAUUCAUUCUCCACAGUGUCCCUGGAGAAUCAAUUCCCCUGAUUGCUGAGAAUCAGGCAGGUCCUCCAGCUUGCCGAGCUAAUCUAUCAUACCUGGGAAAGGAAAAGGUUAUUCAGUAAAGUUGUAAAACUGUGUAGUUAUGGAAUCUUCCAAAGUAAUUUUGUUGUGUUCAUCUGGGAAUAAGGUUCUUCAAGCAUGACUGGUAUCACAGACUCACGUUUUCGGACUCGCCAAGAAAAAAAUCACAGCCCAGUUCAAAUAUGGUUAUGCUAAUUACAGUAGAACCUCUCUUAGUGGACACCUCUCUAUUAAGGAAACUAGUUUUGGUCCCAAAUUGGUUGUUUCCAUUCAAUUUGACCUCUCUAUUAAGGACAGCACAUGUCCUAAGGGUGUCCUUAAUAGAGAGGUUCUACUGUAGUUGUAAUAGGUCAUAAGUACCAUUCAGUUGGGAUAGAUGGCAGAGUGAUAUGUGAUGAUAUAGCACGUAGGCCUAUUCACGACACAGCAAUUCUGUUGGUGAGCCAUCUGUUGGUGUUUUGAUGAACUGAAGGUCAAACCGCACUGUUUUAACAUUUAAAGCAUUUAUUACUACAUGUUGGCCAAUUUAUAAAAAGACAGAUAUAGAAACUCCUUAUGUUUAUGGCACUAAGCCCACUCAAGUUCUCAAUUAGAGAAUAUAAAUAGGGUCCUGUUUGUAUUUAGCUGACCAGUUUUAAUCUAAAGUCAAGCUGAUGAUUAAUCUUGUCACAUCUUCAAAUAUUCAUAAUGUAGGCCUAUUAUGAAGAUGAUGUCAUAUUGGAAAUGUGAAUUAUUGUAGCCAAAUAAGAUUUAAUAUAUA